AGGGCUGGGAGCCAGGACUCCUGGGUUCUAUUCCCUAACUCUGGGAGGGGAGGGGAGUCUAGUGGUUAAAGCAGGAGGGCUGGGAGCCAGGACUCCUGGGUUGCAUCCCUGACUCUGCCUUUGACUAAGGCCUUGCCUUCACUUGGAAGUUAUAUAUGGUUUGCUGCCGGUAUGAAUUUGGCCCCGUUGUAGAGGUGCCUGGGGCAGUUCAGGCUCAGUGAGGCAGGAAGAGGUGUCACUAAGGCAAGGGGGCUGUUCUACCCCAGAGGCAGAGCAUCAGUGGGACCUGGAGUCUGCCCAGCCUCCACAGGCUGGAAGGAGAGCCCAGUGCGGGGGCUACGUCCCCUUGGUCCACAACUGGGCAGCUACAGGAAGCCAUGACUUGGCGCCCCAGGCCCAUGCAGAGAGGGACGGAGAAGCUGCUGUUAGGCCCCAUGGGGCUUGGGAGGGGCUGUUAUUCAACGGGACGUAACCUUGUGUGAAACAGCCCCUGCACCCCACCACAGGGGUGGCUACAUCUCAGCACCGGGCGAGGGGUCCCUGUAUAAACAGCCCCCAUGCCCCUCCCCAGAGGCAGUCGCAUCUCAACACUGGGCGAGGGGUCCCUGUAUAAGCAGCUGUCAUGGAUCCACAGAGGCAGUGCUAGGCCCCAGCUUUUAAAUUGUCUCUUGGAGGAACCCUGAGUGCCAAAUCCCCGAGGGGUCUCACUCUCCCUUCAGGGCAGGCCACGUGGCCUCACCUCCCCCAAGACGGAGCCCCUGGGCUCCAGUCUCCUGCUCCACCCUGUAAGCCAGAGCCCUGGGGGAGAUUGUCCGCUGUGCAGGGGCCCAGGCACCCAGUGGGAAUUUGCAGCCAUCCCCAAACGGAGCAGGGUGCUUUAGCCAGCUGGGCACGGCAUGGGCAUAGGGUUGCCAACUUUCUACUUGCACAAAACUGAACACCCUUGCCCUGCCCCAUGCCCUGCCCCUCCUCUGAGGCUCCGUUGCCAACUGAACUGUCAACGACCCAGUCAGUGGUGCUGACCAGAGUCACCAGGUGUUCCGGUUGAAAACCAGACGUGGGUCAGCAUGGCAAAGCAAAGGUGCCGACGCGGGCCGUGUCUCAAUGCUGGGCUGGUGAUGUCCGUGUCCCUAGGGGGCCAUCUGGACACUGCUCCCGGUGGUAACAACUCCAUCCCUCCCCAUCCCGCAGCCAUGACCCUGCCCACACCGUGGGGCGUGGAGCAGCAGCUGGAGGAGAUGAUGGAGCUGACGGCGCAGAACCUGCCUUGGCUGGAGGUGACCCAGUCAUACACCAUCCUGAGGGAGCUGGGCAGCGGCUCCUAUGGCCACGUGCUGCUGGCUGUGCACCAGCGGCAAGGCAGCCCGAUGGCACUGAAAUUCAUCGAGAAGCGGGACACUGAGCUGCGGGACUUCCUGAGCGAGUACUGCAUCGCGCUGACCCUGGCCGCCCACCCCUGCAUCGCCAGCGCCCUGGGUAUCGCCUUCCAGACCAAGCACCACUAUGUCUUCGCGCAGGAGCUCGCCCCUGCCAGGGACCUCUUCUCCCUGCUGCAGCCACAGGUGGGGUUCGGGAUCGCGGAGCUGCAGGUCAAGCGCUGUGCUCUGCAGCUCGCCAGCGCCCUGGAGUACAUGGGGGCCAAGGGGCUGGUUCACCGCGAUGUCAAGCCUGAGAACGUGCUGCUGCUCGACCUUGAGUGCCGGCGUGUCAAGCUGACCGACUUCGGGCUGAGCUGCCCGCAGGGCACUGCCAUCGAGGCCCUGCCUGAGAACUUGCCCUACACAGCACCCGAGCUGUGCCGCCUGGGGCCCUCGGCCCGCCUGCCAGCCCAGCCCAGCCUGGACGCCUGGGCACUGGGCGUGCUGCUCUUCUGCGUGCUGACCGGGUUCUUCCCCUGGCACACGGCUGCCGACCGGCACUACCGGGACUUUGAGCGCUGGCAUCGCAGCCCCCGCGUCCGCCCGCGCCCACCCCACUGGGGGCGCUUCACCUAUGAGGCCCGGGAGAUGCUGCGAGGGCUGCUGGACCCCGACCCCAUCCGGCGCAGCCCAGCCAGCGUUGCCAUGGCCCACGUCAAGUGCCCCUGGCUGGAGCCCAAGGAGCCGUGCGCUGCCCGUGCAGACAGGACUCUGCUGGGGAGCAGCCAUUGCCGCUGAGCCCCAGCCCCGUGGGCACUGCCGCCAGGCACAGGCACCCGCCAUGGCCAAGGGGACGCAGGGACCAAGGACUUGCAGGACACGUUGCUUAGCAGGGACCAUGGCCAGAGGCUGGUGCUGGGGGCCUGGCCUGGGGGAUUGCAGAGAAGGCGAGGGAGGAGGGGGGUAAUAAAAUCACGAUCCUAACA